CAACCUCAAUUAGCACGUUCAUCGUCAUCACCUUCGAUGAUCCACGGGCUCAUUCGACGUUUCGAACAGUCCAAGCACCAGUUGGUCGUCUGACAGCACUGCACGGUCUCGUCUAGUGCGUGUCCUUUGCUAGACAUCAUGCCUCCAUUUCUACAACGCUUCCUGACCUUGCGCUCUGCCAGAGACAUUGAAAACAAACAGGUGGUCUCCGACGAACAGAAGCUCCAGUGGCCUGUGUCUAUGGCUGAGAUGCUGCCUCUACUUAUAGUGCUCAGCUGCUUCGGCGUAGCGUUCUACUUUGUCCUAGCACCACGAAGAGCGGUUCCUUUCGAGCCACCGGUAACCACGAUGAUCCGGCCAGAAGGACAGGUGACUGGCCAGAAUGAAUUAUCGGGUGGCGGCCUCCUGGUUGGACAUGCAGGAAAAAAGGCGGGUAUGAGGCCCUCUACUAGCCUCCCGCAUGACGAAGACGUGGCUUCGACAAGUGACACUGAACCUGUCGUCAUAACACCACACGGGAAUGGCACAAUGCUUCAUAACAAGGACCAGCGCUGUAUCGUGAAGGCACACUUCACCCUGUGCUCGAACGUCAACCAAAUAGACAAGUUCUUCUUCCGAGCGGACAAGCACAGCUGCGUGUCGGUAAUGGCGGUUCCACCGCCGCCGUGCCUGGUGGGCUCCAACCGUUUCCGUUCUAUGCACGACUGUAAAAAAGCUUGCAAUGACCAGCCCGUGCCGCAAGAGAAGUGCUCGUUCCCGGCCGAGUUUCACACCUGUACUCCGAGCGACAUCUCUCGGAAAUGGUACUUCGUCCGGAACGGGACUUGCGUAGCUUGGCACUUCCGUGGAGGUAACUGCGUUUCCCCUCAGCUGGCCCUGUUUCGCAGCGAGGAAGACUGCCGUACCCGGUGCCUGGGAGGACGGGUGAGCGAGCGGCACCCCGGUUGCUCAGAUUCCCCAGUUGAGCAUGUCUGCUCGCCGCUUCAUAUGCUGUUCCCGGUGUACUCAGUGAGCGGGAGUCAUCACAAGAUCUCCUGCGUCACUGUGGACACAGCUGAACCGCGGUGUCUGAGCGGAAGUAAUCGUUUCCGCAGCAAGCGAGAGUGCGAGCAAGCCUGUCUCCAGUGAACGGGCUUCGUUAUCCAGCAUGUUGUGGUAAACUGUAAUCAUUAGUAAACUAAGCCAUUUUUCAUUUUUCAAUCAAUGGGCUGCUCUCCUGUACUCUGUGAAUGAAAAAGUUGUGAAACCCAUA